GUUGAGGAAUUUUUGAGAGUUAUUACUGGCUAUAAAAGCAAUCGGAGGAGAAGGAUGGAUCUGAGGGGUCGAGUCCAGAAGACCUCUCCCACCUCUGCCUUCACCAUGGAUGCGAGAACCAUUAUCAUCGACCACGGGUCUGGCUUUCUGAAGGCUGGCUUUUCUGGGUGGAAUGAGCCCCAGAUGGUCUUCCCAAGCAUCGUGAACUACAUCCCAUGCAGGGAGAAUCCUGGCCCCAGCUAUGCCCAAAGGCGCGUGAGUCUAGGCAUCGACAUUUGCCAUCCUGAUACCUUUAGCUACCCCAUCCAGCGUGGCCGUAUCCUCAACUGGGAGGGCAUGGAGCACAUCUGGUCGUUUGUCCUGGAGAGACAUAGACGGGAGCAUGAGGACUUCCCUGUGAUGGUCACAGAGUCCCCUCUGAAGGAGCCUGCGGACCGACGGAAGACCCUGGAGAUUAUGUUUGAGUUACAGGAUGUGCCGUCCAUACUGCUGGCAGACCAGCUGGAGAUGUCCCUGUACGCCUCCGGCCUCCUGACCGGCGUGGUGGUCGAUUCCGGCUACGGCCUGACACGCGUGCAGCCCUUCUACCUGGGCCGCCCCUUGCGGCCCAGCGGCAAGACGCUGGAGUUUGCGGGCCAGGAUCUGUCGGCCUAUCUCUUCAAGAGCCUCUUUAAGGAGGAUCGCAACCACCACAACCUGUUUCAGCUGGAGACGGUGGCCACCACCCAGAUGAGCAAGUGCUACGUGCCCCAGAAUCUGGCAGAGGCGCUGGACUUCCGCCAGAGCCUGCCGAGCGGCUCAGAUGAGAACAACACCUAUCAGCUCCCCGAUGGCACCCCAGUGGAGCUGACCCCCAUGCAGCGGCUGGCCCCCGAGAUGUUCUUCAGCCCCCAGGUGUUCGACCUGCAGGGGCCCAGCAUCUCUCAGGCCGUGGUGGAUGCCGUCUUGGCCUGCGAGGCCGCCCUGCACCCGCUGCUCAUCUCCCACGUUAUGGCCUGUGGGGGCAACACCCUCUAUCCCGGUUUCACCAAGCGCCUGUACAAGGAGUUGAUUACAGAUCAUUUCUCCUCCACCAAGGCCGCCAUGUGGGUGGGUUCCAAUAGAAACUUUAGCGUCUGGCUGGGGGCGUCCGUUGUGGCCCAUCUGUCUUCCUAUAAGUCCGAGUGGAUGACCAAAGAGGAGUAUGAAGAGAGUCAGAGGCUGUGACCCGUCCCAGGGGCUCGGGGGGGACCAAUUUCCAGUGACAGGGUCGGGGCAGGGGUGGGGUUAGCUGGCUUUGAAAUUCCGAGGUUAUGAGGGUGUUCUUUAGGUUCUAGGGUUUUAUCUCAUUUCAAGAGUAGGAUCCAGCCCAGAGGAGGACAGGGAAGCCCUCUGGGGAUAGUGUCUCCAGGGGGUGGUCUGUCAUUUGGAGGGGAGCAGUCAGUUAACAUCUCCAGAUAGCUGCUUACCUUUUGCUGGCAUCUUCCUUGGGCUGUCCUGUUCUCAGUUCAGUAGGUUUUAACCAGGGCAAGAGAGGUGGGACCUGCUGCUGGGGUCCCAGUUAUUUUUGACGAGGAGAUGAGGGGUGGAAUGGGAGAGAUGAAGUUUUUCUAGUCUUACUCAUUCUCUUUGGCCAGGGAGGAUUUGCUACAGGUGAGCCCGCAGGCCCUCCCUCCCUCCUGUGGCCAGGGUCUUGUUUUAUAUCUGCAA